CCUCCCCCGCCCCCUCCCCAUUCUGCCCUUCCUGCCCCUUGGGGCCUUUUCUCUCCAGCAAAGACCCUCCCAGGCGGGAAAAGUCUCUUUCUCCUGGACCAUGGCCAGUCUGCCCCUCCAUGACUCUGUUUGAAAGUGGGCUACGAAGACAAGAGGGUGGGGCUUCCCCAACUAGCCACUGCAUUCAACUGGUGGCCCUGGCAGCCCAGCCCCCAACCCUACCCUGAACUCUGGCCAGAGGCUCAGAGAAACAGGCUGGCCAAGUGGUGCUUGGCUCUCUUCAUCAGGAAUAAAGCAGGUGGCAGGAACCCAGACGGUGAUAGGAAGAAGGCCAGCAUCCCAAAGAUGCUUUCCCAAAAGGCAACUGGACUUUCUUGAUUUUCAGUUCUGACCAAAGAACUGAAGAAGCUUCUUGGAUGAGAAGGGAAAUGUUUUCAAGGAAAAGCCCAGGAAAGGCCUGUUGCCUUUUAGAAACCUUUGGGAUAACCAUGACUUGUCCUGGAGGAAUGAGCAUCUCCCUAGACGCCUGUGUCAGUGGUGCAUGUGUCUGUGUGUGUAAAAGAAUACAAGGAGUGAGGAAGAGGAGGCUGCAUCAGCCUCCAUUGGAAUCGUCCCUCUUUCCCUGCUCUGGUCAGUUCCCCCUCUGGGCUCUUCUUUCUUUCUCCCGUUCUUGUUUUAUUUGUUUGUUUAUAUAACAUAUAAAAUUCAGUUUCAAUCAAACUAUGUGUUGUCUAGGCACAAUUAUUUUUAGGCAAUCAUAAUCAAGAUGUUUACUGUCAUAUUCAUCACAAUAAUAUUAAUACUAUAAUAAUAAUAAUAAUAAUAAUAAUUCUUAUUUAACAAAUCUCUUUUAUGCCACUGAUCCUUUUUAUAUCCCCAUAUUACUAACUUCUGUUUUUAUUAUCCAGCCUUUGGUAAAAUAAGUCCCAUAUCAAGAAAUAUUCAGUUUCUUCUUCAUCCUUAAUAGCAAGCAUAAGUCGAUCCAUCUCUGCACAUUCUAAUAUUUUCCAAAUUACACUCUCAUCUGUCGGGAUCCCAUUGUUUUUCCAUUGUUGUGCAAAUAUAAUUCUGACUGCAAUUAAUACAUAUAAAUCAAAUAUAUCUUCCUUUAUAAUAUUUUUCCAGCAGGAUGCCCAAUAAAAAUAUUUCUGGUUUCAAGUCUAUAUGCUGCUUUAUCAUUUUUUCCAACCAAGCCAAUUUUUGGGGGGCUUUUGGGCACGUCCACCACAUAUGAUAAUAGGAACCAGGUAUCUGGUUGCAACAUUUAGAGGCUCUGUCUUUAAACAUUUUUGCCAGUCUUGUUGGUGCAAAAUGCCAUUUAUAAAGCAUUUUAUACAAUUUCCUUUAUAUACAGUUGAGAUUGUCAAUUUAACAUUACUAUCCCACAGUUUCUGCCAUUUAUCCAGUUCUAUUGCAUAUCCAACAUUUUUAAGCCCAAACUAUCAUUGUCUCCUUUACCUGCCCACUUUCCAGUUUGAUACUUAAUAUGUUUUCUUCACCUGUUUUUCAUCCAUUCCCGUUAAUAUCUGGUCCAGUUCUGUACAUUCUUUAUUAAAGCCAUACAUUUUAGCCUCUUUCUCAUGUGGAGAUUGUAUCUGCCUUCGUGGCCACCAGCCGAUGUCCGUCCCUGAGCCGAGCUGUUUCCAUGACCCAAACCAGGUGACCUCCUGAGCUGCAGACCUUCUCCGUGGCUGGCUGCUCCGUUCCAGGCAGCCGAAAAGGGGCCUCCUCCUUCUGCACUGCCAGAGCCCAGAGGAGGCUCGUCCUCCGCGCUCUGCCUGAAUUGGCUGCGGCCCUUUCCUUCUGGGAAAUGCAACUUCUGGCCUUUUUCCAAGUGGGGGACAAGCCAACGGUUUGUGGAUCAUGGGUUGUGGAACUCCAGCGGAUGACUUAGCCGCUUUGGGCCCUUAUGGGACAAUGCAGUUUAUUUCUUUGGAUUUAGGAAGCAACGGAAUCGUGGAAGUUUCGUUUCGGUAAUCAUGGUUUAAGAUUUGCCCUGUUGUAUGAAUUCGGCCUUUGGGUUGUGGUUUCCUUAAAAAUUAAAAUCGGUUUAUUCAUCUUAAGGAAUCUCUCUAACCUUUGCUCUUAGCAAAAUUUGCCAAGAUUGAAUUAAAAAAAUCACUUUGACCAAAUGACCACUCAGUGAGUGGACCCUCCUUCUCCUUGCCACUGGGCUGGAUGAGAUGACGUCCCCAGGUGGCUGGCCAAAAUUGAGGUGCGUAUCUCGUAAAGGAUAACCAACGUGGAAAGUGCCAGUAGGUCUCUUCUGUCCGUGAAGCAGCAGAGGCUUCCGGCUGCCUGGGACGAAGCCACCCUGGGGGUCCCAGCAGGAGAGGGAGCUUGUGGUUCAAUCUGCAGCCCCUGAAGGGAGCUGAAAGUCGUAGCCGGAUGGAUGUAAGCAUCACCUUUUCUUUCCCUCCUCUUCUCUCUUUUCCCAGCCAACGGCUGCCAUUAUGGCCACUGUGUUUCUCUCCAGAUUCCCAGGCUCUCUAACAUGGAGCUGGUCCCUCCUUCACGUUGGUGCUGGUGCGCUGCUGCUGCUGGUGCUCUGGGUCUCCUUCAGGUUAAAUGGGAGGAAGAGGGGAAUGAAAGGUCCCCUGCCCCCUGGGCCCCCCACUCCCCAUCCUGGGAAUUUCCUCCAGCUGGACCGGAAGAAUCUGGUCCAGUCCCUGAUGAAGAUGGGCGAGGAGUACGGGCCGGUGUUCACCGUCUUCCUGGGACUGCAGCGGGUCGUGGUCUUGUGUGGCUACCGAGCCGUGAAUGAGUCUGUGGACCAGGCGGAGAGUUUCAGUGGCGAGGGGCAGCUGCCUUCCUUCUCCAAGGACUUCAACCACCAUGGGAUCGUGUUUGCCAUGGGCCACGCUGGCAGCAGCUCCGUCGCUUUCUCCCUCACCAUCUUGAGGACCCUUGGGAUGGGCAAGAGGUCCACUGAAGAGCGGAUCCGAGAGGCCCAGUGCCUGGUGGAGGAGCUCCGAAGACAUAAGGUACACGGUUCCCCUGCCUCUUCUCCAGGGACGCCCCUCGACCCCACCUUCCUUCUCAGUCGAGCCGUCUCCAACGUCAUCUGCUCCGGGUUUGGGAAUCGGUUCAAGUACAACGAUGAAAAAUCUCGGUUGAACAAGCUGAUAAUGGAGCGCUUUCGCAUUGCAAGCUCAACCGAAGCCACGCUCUACAACAUCUUUCCGGAGAUCAUGGAGAGGAUCCCUGGAGCGCAUCACGCAGGCAACAGGUGCUCCCAGCAGAUCAUCGGCUUCAUAAAGGAGAGGAUCCACAUGCAGCAAGCCUCACUUGAUCCUUCUGCCCCUCAAAAUUAUAUUGAUUGUUUCUUGGCAAAGAUGGAGCAGGAAAAGCAGAACCCAGAUUCUGAGUUCUGCAUGGAGAAUUUGGUGAUGGCCACUUUCAACCUCUUUCUUUGCUGGCACAGAAACCAUCGGCACACCCUGAGAUACGGCUUCCUCAUCCUGAUGAAGCACCCCCAGGUCCAAGAAAAGCUCCAGGAGGAGAUCGACCGAGUGAUCGGGGCCGGCCGCUCGCCCUCGGCUGAGGACAGGAGGCAGAUGCCCUACACGGAGGCAGUGCUGCACGAGAUCCAGAGGUUCAGUGACAUCCUGCCCAUGGGCCUCCCCCAUGCCGUCACUCGAGACACCUGCUUCAGGGGAUAUGCCAUCCCGAAGGGGACCUACAUCUACCCCUUGCUCAGCACGGUGCACUACGACACUGAGCAUCACAGCAGCCCUGAGAACUUCGACCCCGGGAGAUUCCUGGACAGCGACGGCUGUUUCAAGAGGGCAGAGGCCUUCAUGCCUUUCUCAGCAGGGAAGCGGCUGUGCCUGGGAGAGGGCCUGGCCCGCAUGGAGCUCUUCCUCUUCCUCACCACCAUCCUGCAAGCCUUCACUCUCACCUCACCGGUGUCCCUGGCAGAGAUCAGCAUUGUGCCCGAUGCCAGUGGUGUCAGCCGUGUACCCAUGAGAUACCAGCUCUUCAUGGUACCUCGCCAAGCUUGAUAGUCUGCUUCACCCAUGCAGUUUCCCUUCUGCCGCACUCUUCAAACGCCCAGAGGGAGGGAGGGAGGGAGGCUGCGAGAUCCUUCAGCAGGGCAAUUAUUGGGAGCGAGUCCCUGUGACAGCACCCAGUGCUGUGAAUAGAAAAGUGUCUCCGUGGCUCCUCCUCGGGGCUCCCUGAGCACCUGGACACUUUCCUUGCAGACCCCAACUGGGCAACACCUUCAGUGCCGCUCCGGCAUAGCCGGGCCGUGAAACCUCUGCAAGGAACCCCCAGGUGGGGCACCGAGAGGGAGCCCACACCUUCCGGCUCCCUUGAGGGCACAUGGUGCAGCAGCUGCUUCCCCCUGCAAUUGCCCCCCAAAUCAGGAAGCUGAUGGGGGACUCGUCCCUGGAGUUCAGGGGCUGGGAUGGCAGCGUUGGGUCUGUGAAGCCGAGAAGGGCACUGUUUCCAAAGAGGCAAACCGAGUCACGCUUUCUGCGCAGGUGAGCCCUUUCCCCACAGCUCCCAAACAAAGGAACAAACAAAAUGCUUGGAAUAAAAAGUGCUUCAGUAACGCCAGUCUCUGUUUUCACUUUGUCCCCAUUGGGAGGGAGCCCAGCGGGCAACAGCUGGCCCUGAGGAUGCCCACAAGGGAGCAGCUUCUCUCGGGGGUGGCAGGCGAGAGAAGGGGAAAGUCUUGGUCUUCCCAGCCCCACCUGAGGCCUUGGGGAGGAUGCUGGCAGCUUCGCUUUCACCAAGGACAUUCCAGGCCUUCAGCAGCUCUGCCCUCCUUGGGUGCCCAGGGCAUGAAAGCCAUCCAGGCAGCACCAGGGGCAGAGCCCUGUGCCCUUCGACCACCCUCCCCCUUCAAGGAAAGGGCUGGGCUUUUGCUCCUUGGGGGCAGAGCCUGAACUAACAGCCUCAGAGGGGGAAGCAGAGCUUGGGGGGGGGGGAAAGGCUGGAUGGGGAGGGAACAGGGUCCGCCUUGGCCCUGGCAGAGAGAGGCCAGGAGGUGCCUUGAGUGCCAGCAGACAUUUGGGGAGGAGGAGACAGACAUCCCCAUCUGGGUCUAGGGAGGGUGGGCCGAUGGGCAGAACACGGGC